AUGGGUUACGAACUCAGCACGAAUCCGUCUAGAUGUGUUAUCGGAGUUGGCGGCGGAACACAGAAGUUCAAACUCAUCAACCAUUGCGAUCGUGUUCUUGCUUACCAUGUAGUAAUCAACCCCGGCUCCAACUACUCAGUUCCUGAAAGUCAACUGUAUGGAAUCAUUAAAGUCGGUUACACUGUUGAUAUAGACAUUACCAGAAGGCCUGGCAAACCUCGACCAGACAAAAUGAUAAUCCAAUAUGCAUCAGUGGCAGAAGAUGCAACAGAUCCAAGAAAGCCAUUCGCUAGCGGUGGACCCGUUGGUGAGAUCACAGGCGAAACCAUGCUGAAGCUGAUUGCUGCUGAAUAA